AUUAACACUGCAGCAUUAGUCAUUCGAAAAAAGUGUAAAGAUUAAAUUUAGUUUAAAAAAUGGCACUAACUUUCGGCCAGUGUAAUUCUAUGAACUGUAGUCAAAUUGGAACUUUGCAAUGUCCAACUUGCCUGAAAAUCGGGAUUAAGGAUUCAUAUUUUUGCAGUCAGGACUGCUUCAAGAGCAACUGGAAGGAGCAUAAAGUUCUACAUAAACUAGCAAAGGGGGAAGGAAGCAAUAAAUCAAACGAGUACAAUCCGUGGCCUCAUUAUCAUUAUUCUGGAAAAUUGCGACCUUAUCAGAAGGAAACGCGACGAAUCGUACCCGUUUCCAUUGGCCGUCCAGAUUAUGCAACUCAUCCAUCUGGAAUUCCAUUAAGUGAACAAGAAGUCCGAGGAUCGUCUCAAAUUAAAGUUUUGGACGAUGAGGAAAUCGAGGCGAUGCGCGUUUCCUGCAAGCUUGGACGAGAAGUUCUCGACGAAGCUGCAAAAGCAAUCGAGGUUGGCGUUACGACCGCCGAAGUAGACAGAAUCGUCCACGAAGCUUGUAUCGAAAGAGACUGUUAUCCAUCUCCUCUAAAUUAUUAUGAAUUUCCGGCGAGCUGUUGCACUUCCGUAAAUGAGGUGAUCUGUCACGGUAUUCCUGAUAAUAGGCCACUAGAAGAUGGUGACAUUUGCAAUGUUGACGUGACAGUCUUCCAUAAUGGGUUUCACGGGGAUUUGAAUGAAACCUUCUUCGUGGGCAAUGUGAAACCCGAGAUUAAGAAGCUCGUGGAGGUGACGCAUGAGUGUCUUUCGAAGGCGAUCGAUAUCGUUCGACCUGGUGAAAAGUACAGGGAAAUUGGUAACGUUAUUCAGAAGCACGCUCAGGCACAUGGAUUCAGCGUAGUUAGGAAUUACUGUGGUCAUGGAAUUCACCGGCUCUUCCAUACAGCUCCAAACGUUCCGCAUUAUGCGAAGAACAAGGCAGUGGGUGUGAUGAAAGCCGGACAUUGUUUCACAAUUGAGCCGAUGAUAUCUCAAGGAACUUGGAAAAGCGAUAUGUGGCCCGAUAAUUGGACAGCCGUGACGACAGACGGAUUGUGGUCAGCACAGUUUGAGCAAACUCUUCUCGUCACAGAAACGGGCUGUGAUAUUCUGACAAAACGACGCACCAAUGAUGGCAGACCCUGGUUUAUGGAUCGAUCGUAGUAGUAGUCAGCUAAUUUUCCACUCCUUUGAAAAAAGAGCCUCUGAAAAGGUAUUCAAUUUAUCCUUUGAAAAUUCCUUCGUUUAUUCGAUCAGAAGGCCCGAGAAUUAUUAUUGAAAAAUUGAAUUUUACAGCGACAAUUAAAAUCGGAAUGUUGAUUCGAUAAUGAGAAAGCGAGUGUUAGAUCUAGAAUUGAAAAAUCGAAAGUUACGUCAAAGAUGUAUAAACUGCGUGAAUGAAUCUUUAGUUCUUUAAAACUUUAGGCAAUAUUGUGCGAGGAGGAUCUAAGUGCAGGGUGUCUACCCCAUUUAAAAUUGAAUAAAAAUAAUUGUUUGUUUAUUAAA